AUGUCAAACGCAAUUGUAGCCGCUGUGCUGAAACGAAUCGUAAAAAACAAAAACAUCGUCGCUCGGGUUGCGAAAAUUUCAACCCGUUCCGGAAUGUCGUCGGAAAACAAAUCCCCGUUGCUGGAGCGGGCCCGUAACACAGUGCCUCAUCUCGACACGGACCGGCACAAGGGACAGGCGGGCCGGAUCGGCAUCGUGGGCGGUUCGCUCGAGUACACCGGGGCACCGUACUUUGCAGCGAUAAGUGCACUGAAGGUGGGCGCGGAUCUGGUGCAUGUGUUCUGCCCGGAUGCAGCCGCACAGGUGAUCAAAUCGUACAGCCCGGAGCUGAUUGUGCAUCCGUUGCUUGAUUCGAACAACGCCAUCAUUCAGAUCGAACCGUGGCUAGAGCGACUGCAUGUGCUCGUCAUCGGACCGGGGCUUGGGCGGAACCGACAGAUUAUGCAAACGGUGGCGGAGUUGAUCAAAAUCUGCCGCCAGCUACAGAAGCCGCUCAUCAUCGAUGCGGACGGACUGUUUAUAAUCACGCAGGAUAUUAGCUUGGUGAAGGAUUACUACGGCGUGAUACUGACACCGAACGCCAUCGAGUUUUGCCGGCUGUUUGGCAAGGAUCGUGAUCAAAUAAUGCUUUCGCUGGGCCGACUCGGUGCCGGUGUGACUGUGAUCGAAAAGGGCCUAAACGAUCGGAUCUACGACUCGCUAUCGCUCGAGAAGUACGAAUGCCCACAGGGCGGUUCCGGGCGGCGCUGUGGUGGUCAGGGAGAUUUGCUGGCCGGAUCGUUGGCCACCUUCUACUAUUGGGCGUUGGAGUCGAAGCAAGAAAUUAGCCCGGCCAUGGUGGCCUGCUUUGCGGCCAGUACACUCACGAAGACGUGCAACAAGUAUGCGUACAAGCUGAAAGGACGCAGCAUGACCUGCACCGACAUGAUCGACCAGAUUCAUCCCGUGUUUGACGAUCUAUUUGAGCACAAGAAGGAUUAGGGAUGGUCGCACCGGAGCUGCCAUCGUUCGGAUCGUUCGACGAUGGUGCUCAUUUAUGGAUACCUCAGGUCUACACGUUCUCUUCUGAUCGUCACCAUUAGCGUUACCGUCAGUGUGCUCGUUGUUGUUUUCGUGUAUUUUAGCUCCGGCAGUCUGGUUUGACGACUGGUCAACAUUCCCCACACUCUCAGCAAUGCAACGAAACGGAAUGGCAUGAAAUCGAAUCGAAGAAGCGAAGAAAAUGAAAUCGCAGUCAAUUUUGUUGCAACGAAUAAACUCGCGACUAGCUACGGGAUGGAAUGUUGAUUUCUAGGCGCAUUCUAAAGGUGAUGGUAUUUUAGUAGCGCGCUAAUUUUAAUAAUAUUAGGGCCAACAGCCUACGGAUCCGGGAUAGGAGUUUUAAAUGAAAGAUGCAGGGGUAUCAGUCUGAAUUGUUUAGGUCAUCGUCUCAUAAAUCACGUCUCACCAAGUACGGCAAAGCUGAUUUGAAAUCGGAUGAAUAGUUGCGUACGUAUCAACGUUUUUGCACGGUUUUUGUAACUUACUCAAUUAGUGGUGGAACUAAACAUACGAAAAAAAAACCCUAUCUUUGGCUUUGUCCUAUUAAAGGGAAAGUGACAAUUAUAA